AUGGAGGAUGGCACUGAUGACGAUGAGGUCAGAAGGACGACAGGCUGGGGUCAACAAGAUCUGGGAUCUACAGGGGAAGACGAGAUAGGCGUCAAGCAUUUGCUUAGUGGAGGCGCGAAGCAUCGGGCGGCCAGCUCGGAAGCUCGACACUAUGGAUCUGCAGGCGCCUACUCUAUCUCACACGCCAGCGGCGGCUGUGCAUCCGCCGUACCCGUUUUAGCUGUCUCAUCCUGGCCUGGGUUGUCUAAUAAUAACAGCGGUUUGUCUCUCUGUGUCUCCGUCUCGCUGUCAGAGUCCGUCUCACAGAACCCGCGACGCCCAUCUCGAAACACCGUCAUCCGUCAUCCGCCAUCCGUCAUUCGAGAGCACAGCGUCAACAGCAGCGGGCGUUUCGCCAAGCAGAAACGCUACGGAUACGGAGCUCAGCUAUCCACCCACACACCCCCUGCGCCUCGAUUGAGGGACCGACCGGCUGGGCCUUUCGAGGCGUGGUCGCUGGCCGCGCGUCGAAUGGAAUCACAAGAACCAAAGGAUUUCCGCCCAAGGUGGAGAACGACGUGGAGGAACGAGGGAACACGGCGCUCUCGACCCAUGAAGGCCCACGCCCAGUCUGUCUGCGGGCUUGGCACCUGUGUCAAGUCCUGCGAUCCCUGUGCGGCUGGCUGCGACUACGGCGGAGAAGAGGCUCCAUCUCGUCGUACCGCUGGGUUGCGCUGAAGGAAUAAUUAAUAAACCAACGUGCACCGCCGGGGACACCAGCAUGUAGAGGGCUUUGUCCUUCUCUGCUCUUUUCCUUUUUCUUUCUUUUCUCGCCUUGCCGUGCUAGAUCCGCGGAACUGUCGGAUCUUGCAACUGCCGCCGUCUUGCGACGCCUCACGAGCGCCUCCUCUGACACCCACUCGGCCUUGCUGUGCCGAACGAAGCUCCGUUGACGUCGGCUGGUGACGCACGCCCGAGGCGCCUCGAUUGCCGGUCUUGC